UUUGUGCCAGUUUACAACGAAUAACUGCUAACGUUCCUCAUUUACUUUGACUUUGAAAGUGGUAUUGGCGAAGGUCUUUGGUAUUUGGUUAAAUAUUGGUUCAUUUUCAAAAGCCGUUGUUCCGUUUUCAAUAACAACGACUGAGUGCCUAACGUUGAAGAAAUGUAACUUCCGCAUCCGUGACUUUCGCGGGUCAGCACAAAAAACCUCUCGAAUGCUGAAUUUAGCAUCCUCCUUCUUGACAGUUUUCAGACGCCGAGGAAAUUGUCUUAAUUCAUCUGUCGACAACUAGCUUCACAGUUUAAGUUUAAAGGACCCCUGCGUGUUCUCACGGCAGAGCAACAAGUAACUUAAUGCGCUGCCAGCAAAACAACUUGUUGAGUCGGGCAUGUCGCUGCUGACCGCGGUGGAGGAUGCUAUCGGAGCAUGUAAAGCCGAACAAGUCAAGCUGAACGCCAGCAUUCAUCUGUACAGGACGAUAUUACAGAGCCUGACACCAGAGACAAAGAAUGUUCUCGAAGAUGCAGAUUUUUUGGAUGCUGCUGCUACAGACUCAGAUAUUCCACCAGGGGAGAAAGAGGAAAUAGAGUUACUGGAACAAGCACUGGAGAAAGCUCUUUGGAUCCGCACUGGUACAGGACUUUCUAAAAGAAAACCUGACAGAAAUGGACCCACUCAGCCUCACAAUGAACCAGGUGGCGCCGUUGUCAGACCCAAGGAGGGCACUCAGGCCAAGGUGGCCUCUAAAGGCAAUCAGACAACCAUUAGAUCAACUUUCAAAUCCACCAGCAUUGACAAAAAAGAGCCACAGAAGCCUUCCUCUGUGCUGCAUUCAAGAACUACCACUGGUCACCAUCCCAGACAGCACAAACCUGGAGUCAACAGCAAGUUGAUGCAGAAACAGCCUGUCUCAUUAGCUAAGGUGGUGCCUUUCCAGGCAGCUAAGAAAGUACAUCAGACUGUCUCUAACGCUCCUGAACAGGGUCAGCUACACACCUCAGGUGCCCAAUCUAAGUAUGAGGCCAUUCAAAGCAGGCAGAUGAAUGGUGGGGAUGUGGGCAAUACAUCCAGGCCCUCUCCUAAGAAUCCAUUGUCUGCUUCACAAGCAGAGGAGACUGGAGCUCAGAGUUCACCUCAACAGAAUGAGAUACUCUCUGAACAGAUAGCAAAAUGGACGUCUCUGAGGAGCAAGCAAAACAGGUUGUGGGACAAAGCACUUACUUUACAAAUGAAGCCUGUGCCAGCAAGGAAUCACUUCAUGGAGAGAAUGAGAGCUACGUUUCCCAAGGAUUGGCCUUGUGGCAGCCCAGAUCAGACCAGGGCUCUGGUGAAUAAGCUGACCCACCAGGGGCAAGACCUGACCCGGUCCUACCAGACCAUGCAGGUUCUGGCCAAACAGGGCUUGGCAGGAGGCAACGAGCAAGGUGGUAGGGAAAACAAAUCUGAAUCUCAUCUGACUCUUGAAAACCUGGAGAUGAUGGCAGUAGAGCUCCAAAAACAUGCAGACCAAGUGAAACAAGAGUGGGAAGCAUGGGAUCGAUGGAGGCCAGAGGGAGGAUGUCUUUGCCCUGUCGAGGCACAUGGUCAGUGGGGAGAUGGGACGAUGGCACCCCUGAUAUCCACUGUGACUUACAAAACAGAGGCCGAGCUGAGAGAGCUGGAGAAGCUGAGGAUGAGGGUUGCACUUUUACAACAAGAGCUAUGCAUACAACAGGCUCUGUCAGACAUCCUAUCCCCUCAGCUCUCAACUGUGGUCGAGGGCCCUGGAUGUCAUAGCCCCAGUGUGCUAAGAGAUCUCUAUUCCUUGCUGGGAGAAGGAGGGGAGCAGUUCCCUGCCUUGGUCUUGGAUACUGAACCUGGCUAAUUACAGAGCAUAUUAUCUUCAUCCCUGAAUCUAAGAAUAUGGACUUAACGGACAGACCUAUUUCUGUUUACUGUAUUAAUCUCUGUUUAUUCAGUGACUUGUGAUUAAUUUUUAGUCUUCCUGCCUGGAAAACCAAGUUAGAGAGUGUGUUUUGUUGUAUUUAUCUUUCUUUAAUGCUGUCUCAGAGUUUGAAGCCCCUUUGUUUCAAUUAAUGAAUGUUUAUUUCAUUCAGUUACCCAGAUAUUACAUAUCUGCACAUGACCAAAUAGACUUCAGUCUUUACAUGUUUACAAUUGCUUUUGGCCUUCUCUUUGACAAAGUAAUUGCCUGUGAUCAACUUUUCAUGGACAUUUCUUACUUUUCACUUUAUUAAAUUACAUGUUUAUUCUUAUCUAUUUAAUUAUUUUCCUAAUAAAUAAUUACUUACCCAGAAUACAGCUGAAAAAAACUUAAUUGGUGCCACUGGUGGAUCUCCUGCAAUACUGACCGUACCAGCAGGUGGCACUCAUCUUACAGAGGAAGGAGUUUGAAAUUCACCAGCAGCUGGCUAAUGUUAAUUACUUGACGGAUUACUGUUAAUUUCCAAAUGAAUAAGGAGGAGAAAAAUCUCAUUUGGCUUCAAUCUGUGUGUGAAUAAAAUACCUUGAACUAAAAUACUUGGAAAAUAGACUGGGGCAGUUGUGUUAUUUAUGCUUUUUGUAGUGGUUAAUCAUCUGUGAGCUGUUGAGCUGUUGGCCUGCUUUUCUGUGGAUUCUUGUGAUUUGAAAGAACUGGAGGUUUUCCACUCUGUG